GCAGCAAGUUAGUCGUGAAUUGGUGCACCGGCGUUGAUGGCGCAUGUUUCGUUUUUGCUCGCAAGCGUGAACUUUUUUCUCUGCUCCCUGUGCUGAUAAAGCAACGAGGAUUGGGUAGGAGAGAAAAAAUAUCGAUUUUUCAUAGUGGAUUUGUGCCUAUUGCGCUGUGUAGCGUACUUUUUAAUAGUGGAAGUAAAACAAGAUAAAAUUUAGCUUUGGAAGGUAAAAAUAUGGACGUUUGAACGAAUGUUUACACACCAGAGCUAUGAGUGCACGCCCUAAACGUAGUACAUCGGACGGAAAUUCGUUUAACAUGUGGGUGUCUACUAAUAAAGUGUUGAUAGGUUCAGUGGGUGGCCCCAAGAAGCCACAUCUUCGCAAUCCCAACUUUGAUUUUGAAGAAACCAAGUUGUUGAUUUCACUAUGGGGAGAUCCUCAAGUUCAGAAGACUUUGGUGACAUCUCACAAGAAACACCCAGUGAUUGCCCAGUUGGCAGAAAAAAUGCGAGAAUAUGGAUACAAUCGAUCACCUGAAGAGGUGAACACAAGGAUCAAGAAUGUCAAAUGCUUCUAUAAUCGCGUCAAAAAGGAUCAUGAUGCUGGCAUAGUCACGUCGUGGAAGCAUUUCCAAGCCAUGGAUGAAAUUAUGAGCCGUCCAAUAUUUGGUAACAAUCAUCAGCAGUCCAGUUCCGAAGCUGGUCCAUCGAAUGAUGAUAAUGCAUCAACUGAUCAGGUGCAAGUAAAACUAGAACCGAGUGCUGAUGAUGAUAAAGAAAUAAGAACUGAAGAGUUACUUAAAAAUGCCGAACAGAUUGAGCUUAAAGAGCCCAAUUUAUUGAUACCAAAAGACGAACCAAUGGAUGAGGAUGACGACGAUCCUAAUGAUCCAGACUUUGAAAAUGAUGGAGACGACGAGGAUGAUAGUAUAAGCGAUGAUAGCGAUGAGUCGGAUUUCGACAUCGACGAUGAACGUAGGAAAGCACGCUUACGUAGACGAACAUCGCGUAAGCUAUCCAAAGCGAAUACCCAAACCAAUAAACCAACCAGCACACCGGUGACAUCUUCUGCCGUCGUCUCAGUGGUAACAUGUGCCCCAACUACCACGAUGCCGACUAUAACUACCGUCCCAACGCCGAGUAAGCCUCCUGGGACUAUAAAAAUAAUCAAUUACACGGGAAACUCUGGAAUCAACAUCUCCACAAUCGUUCCAAAUCAGAAUAUGAUCACUCAAUCUUCAGGCCAAAAUGUAACCAUUGUCCCUGGAGCUGCCAACACCACUUCAACUACACCAGGAAAAAUAUCUCUUGUACCUACCAAUUUCCUUCUAAAACCACAGGCCCCGAAGAUCAACUUCAACUCCCCAAUUCAACUCUACACUAAACCAACUGUAUCCAUCGCCAACAACGCGACCAUAUCGGCUGCUUCAACUCCGGCCUCUAGUGCUGUUCAACCAAUGAAACUUCUCUUCGUCAACACGGCUGGAAGUCAGAAGCAACAAAUUAUAACUCCUUCGAAGCACAUCUACACAACCACUCCAACACCGUUAGUUAAAACAACCCCAGCGACUCAGAUAGCUAUCCAACCCAAACCAGUAAUAACUUCAACGACAAGCCUUAUGGCAAUCCCCCAAAAGAAGCCUGAUCCUCCUCCACCAGUAGCGGUUGCACCUGCUGCUCCCAAAAAAUCAGGAAUCAAAUCUUUGCUUGGACAAUUGGUGUCCAUCCAGCGUGAAAAUUUGGCCCUAUCACGCAGCAGGAUAAAUGUUGAGAGAGAAAGAUUCAACAAUGAGAAACAAAUUGUCUGCUCACUUGUUGAAGCACUGAACGACUUGAACAACAUGCUGCAAGGUUUUAGCAGCACUGUGAAUAUCGGCGAUGAUUUUGGUUGCGGUACACCUCCACCUGCCACUAAUGAGUCCGAUGGUGCCGAUUCCAGAAUGAAUGAUAUUAGUCAGGAAAUGCUACCGGUUAGUGGAUUGAUUCCGGUAGUUGAUACCAUCAAAGCGGAAGUUAUCAGUGAUUCGGACUGAAGAAACCAAUGCGUUCCCAUCUCGAAAUACUCUAGUCAAAGGUCUCGUAAUUUAUUUCUAGGAAUACGUUUUCAGCGAUUGUCAAAUGCUCAAACAUGACUUGAAGUUAGCUACGAAUGUGGUACAAAAUAAUUGCAAUUAAAUACCAAAAAUCUGCAA